AUGGAAACUCCACACCAAGAGCAUAUUAAUAAAGAUGAUUUUCAACAUGUCUAUGAACCAGCUGAGGACAGUUUUCUCCUUAUAGAUGCUUUGGAGAAAGAAUUAAACUUUUUAAAAGCAUUUAACCCCUUUUCAUGCCUAGAAAUAGGGUCUGGAAGUGGUGUUAUCAUAACAGCGCUGGGCAUGGCAUUACCAAAUUCCUUAUACUUUUGCACAGAUGUUAAUUUCAAAGCCUGCUUAAUGUCUAAAAGUACUGCUCUUCACAAUAGGGUUGGUCUGGAGUGUGUUAAUAUGAACCUAGCUAUGUGUUUUCAAAAUAAAAUGUUUGACAUUGUUAUCUUCAAUCCCCCUUACGUUGUGACUGGCUCGGAGGAGUGUAUGAGCAAUGGUAUUGAAGCAAGCUGGGCUGGAGGUAACAAAGGAAGGGAGGUGAUAGAUAAAUUAUUGGAUUUAAUACCAAAGAUAUUAACAGACCAGGGCAUUUUCUACCUUCUGCUCAUUGAAGAAAACAUUCCAGAAGAAGUUAAACAAAUUAUGUUAAAUAAAGGCUAUAAAUCAAAACUAAUUAUAAAGAGACAGGUUAAAAAUGAGAACCAAUUAGUCCUUAAAUUUUAUAAAUAA